AUGCUGCGGGCGCUGAGGCGCUGCCGCCCGGGGCCCGUCCCGCUCCCGGGGCUCGGCUCCGGCCCCGGCCCCGGCUCCUUCCCGGGGCUCUGCCCCGCCUGGGGCCCGCGGGCGGUGCCGGCGCGGGGCCGCAAGACCCGGCACGACCCCCCCGCCAAGUCCAAGGUGGGCCGGGUGAAGCUGCCGCCGCCCGUGGACCCCGAGGAGCUGCUGGUGGUGCAGGAGCGGUACCGGCAGCACCGGCUGGUGCUCAGCGCCCUCCGGGCGGAGUUCAGGGCCGAGGUGCUGCAGAAGAAGCGGGAGGAGCGCCUGACCGCCGAGGGCUCUCCGGAGGAGCUGGAGGAGCACCGGCGGCUGAUGGCCUGGAACGAGGAGGAGAACGGCCGGCAGAGGGCCCGCAGAGAGGAGAGACUCAGGAGAGAAGAGGAGGAGCAGAAGAGGAGGAAAUCAGAGAUUGCAGAGAAACAGGCCAGGAAAAUGGAGGCUUUCCUGGAGGAGAAGGAGAAGGAGGUUCUCCAGCUGCAGGAGGAAGCCAAAAACUUCAUCACCCCCGAGAACCUGGAGGCUCGGAUCGAGGAGUGCCUGGACAAGCCCCGCAAUUACAACUUCGCCAUCGACAGGGACGGGCGCGUCGUCAGGCGCACGCUGCUCUCCUAGCAGCCCUGGCUCUGGUGUGCAGAGCCCCCAGAACACACAGAUCCUUCCUUGGAAUGUAUAAAUUGGCCUCAGAAGUGCUGGAGAAGGGCUCUGGCUGUGCUGCUUCCAAAGGGUUAACGCUGAGGGGAGCUUGGAGGCUGCAGCUCAGCCCUGUUGCUGUGCCUGUGAUCCCACCUCCCACGUGUUUGGAUCCUUCACACACACACGGCAUGUGGGGGGAGCAGGAGCAGUCCUGAGGCACAGCCUGGCUCAGCUCCUCGCUGUCAGCUCCUCUGCAUGCUUCCAAAGGCAAAGGAGGGCUGAGUGAAUUUGUAGGAAACACUGACCUUCCCUUGUUUCUGUUGUUGGGGGAAGGAAUUAAUUGUAAUCCUGAUUUCACACUUCAAACCCUCCUUUGCACAUCCCUUGGUGUGGCUGAAUAAGAAUGUGUCUGAAUGA